GGGGCGGUCUUGGGCUAGUUUGCGGUUCGGCUGCCUGCCGGCCACAGUCCUCCGUCGGGGAGCGUUCAUCGCGCUCUCACGAUGGCUCGGCUCUGCUUGGCCCAGCAGCCUCUUGGGCCAUCUGGAGCCUCGGAGCCUCUUUAGUGCGGAAGUUCGGGCCGCAGGCGGCGGGCAGGCAGAACCUCUGGAUGGACCCUUCUUCUUCUUCAGAAGCUUUGCUAAUUUGCAGAAGCUGGGCAAUGCUUCUCAUUAACACCUGUCUGUCAGCAUAGUCCAGCGUCAUUUCACUGUGGUGGCAGGGACUCAGCUCCGAAUUCUGUAUAGAAAAAAACACCUGGAUCCCAGUCUCUCAAUGGCUUCAAGACAACCAGAAAUGCCUGCUCUUGCUCCUAGUGGGCCUCUAGGCAAGAUGUCCCUGCCCAUCGGGAUGUGCCGCCGGGCAUUCAGCUAUGAUGAUGCCCUAGAGGACCCUGCGCCCAUGACUCCUCCUCCAUCUGACAUGGGCAGCAUCCCCUGGAAGCCAGUCAUUCCAGAGCGCAAGUAUCAGCAUCUUGACAAGACAGAGGAAGGAGCGGCCAGUGUCUCUUCCCUUGCUGUGACUCCAUCAACAGCCACUGACAGUUCAGACAAGGCCCCUGUGGUGAAGGCUAAAGCUACCCAUGUCAUCAUGAAUUCCCUGAUCACAAAACAGACCCAGGAGAGCAUCCAGCGUUUUGAACAACAGGCAGGACUGAGAGAUGCUGGCUACACACCCCAUAAGGGCCUUACCACUGAGGAGACCAAGUACCUUCGAGUGGCAGAAGCACUCCAUAAACUAAAGCUGCAGAGUGGAGAGACAACAAAAGAAGAGAAGCACCCUGCAUCAGCCCAAUCCACCCCGAGCAGCACCCCUCACUCGUCCCCUAAGCAGAAGUCCAGGGGCUGGUUUUCAUCUGGCUCCUCCACAGCCUUACCUGCUCCUAAUCCUCACACCAUGGAUCCUGGGAGUGGAAGUGAUAGGAACUCAGCAGAUAAAUGGAGCCUCUUCGGACCACGACCCCUGCAGAAAUCUGAUUCUGGUUUUGCCAUUCAGGCUUACAAAGGUGCCCCCAAACCCUCUCCUAUGGAGGUGAUGCGUGCCCAGGCCACACGAGUAGGUGAAGAUCCAGCAACCUUCAAGCCGCCAAAGAUGGAUGUCCCAAUGGUUGAAGGAAAGAAACAGCCACCUCGAACCCAUAAUCUUAAACCCCGUGACCUGAAUGUGCUCACACCUACUGGCUUCUAGAAUGCUUUCUGUCCAGGGUCUGUAACUUCCCUGGGCUCUGGGAGUGAUGUGGUUAACUAAGGCCUGAGUGUGCAGAUUGUCCUUGGGUGAGAGAAACCAUUUUGCAUUGCUUUCUGGUUGGUGGAAAAUGUCAGUGGUGUAGAGUCGAGGACCUCACUAUUGUUUUUUAAUCAUUUAUCCUAGAGAAGGACUCUGAUCCUUGCUUUCCUAGGUAAAUUAUGCUGGAAUGCUUCCAAUACUAAGGCCUCUUGAUUCUUUUCCCUUGAUCCCUGCAAGCCCUGACUAAUCAUGAUAGAAGUUGCCCACCAAUCCAAUUUGCACAGUGGAGGCCUUCUGAUGUGCAUUGCUUGGACUUCUCUGAGAGUUGGGGACAGCUCAUGGCUAUACUUGGCAGGACCCUGGCUCUCUAAGCUGAACUACAAUGCUCUUCUCUUACCCUGCCUUUCCCUGUGUAGCCCUGCCUGUCCUGGAAGUACAGGCUGGCCUUACGGAGAUCCACCUGCCUGCCUCCUGAGUGCUGGGAUUAAAGGUGUGCCCCACCACCACCCAGCUCAGGUUCUGUUUUUUGGUUAGUCCAGUGCACCACUGUUCUCUUGGCCCUGCAGUUGGAGGGCUGUGUAUCUGCUGUGUCACAGGACAAACACUAGGUCUUGUAUAGCCCCUUUCUUUCGCACUUUAACAUGAAAUUAAUUUAACUUCUGAUUCAGUAUGCUGGUUUCAUACUGGCAAAUGGUUCCCACUCCAAUUGCCGAAGCGCCACCCCUAGUUCCUGGAUAUUAUGUUUUUUCAGUUGUGUGUAUUUUGUUUUGAGACAGACAGUGUCUUACUUUGUAGCAAUCAGAUGGACAGAGAUGUACCUGCCUCUGCCUGCCAGUGCUGGGACUGAAGGUGUGCACACCCACACCCAGCUUAACCUCUGAUAACACUGAGGUAGCCUCAUUUGUUCUCUAACGCUUCUUACCGAGGAAAGGUCUGUCUCGUCUCAUUGUUCACAGGUCUGUUGGUCUUGAACACUCACAUGACUGCUCAAUCAUUUUAGAUAGUAGUCUGUUUACAUAAUGAGCUAAUCUCAUAGAGAAGCCCUGGAGUCUAGGAUUGUUGUAAAAAUUAAUUUAUUUGUGUCAUCUUGUAUUGACAAAUAAAAAUCUUUACUACUUUUUCAAGCCCAGGUCUUUCUUGUCUAUUCUGCCUACCCUGUAGUGGAGCCUGAGCAGU